AUGGUAGGUGGCCCUUCUGGGCUGCCGUAGUCAAUCAGUACUUCGCGCACCGUUGAGCCUGGAACCGAACAUCAGCGACCGCGUCAGGUCCGCGUCUAAAAUGGCGGCUGUUAUUGGUGAAAACGUGGUCGAAGAAACGAAGGCAAAAGCUAAAGUUUGGACGCAAGAUCAGGAGCUGACGCUAUUGCAAAAUAUGGAAAAUCACUUGCAAAGUACUGAAAGAGUGAGAGAUAUUUACGUUAAGGACAUCGUGUGGAGUAAAAUUGCGUUUGAAGACUUUGACGAACAUGAUGUCCAUAAACGUUGGAAUGCCUUAACCUCCAAGAUUCGUAAAAUGAGAACAGCAAAAGAGAUUUUAGAGGAUGCUAAAAUAAAGGUAGCUGACAAGGAGGAUGACGUGAAGUCCAGGAAGAGGAAAAGAGACGACAAAGAUCCCGCUUUCCCGAAAACGCCGCUCACCUCUUACCUCAUCUUUUGUGCGGAGAAACGGCCUCGUUUAGCUCAGAAAUACACAGACCUCGGCAGUAAAGAACUGAUGAAAAAAUUAGCCAAGAAAUGGCAAAAGCUCAGUGACCAGAAGAAACAAAAAUAUCAGGAUAUUUACUGGGAAAAUAGGAAGAAAUAUGAUCACGACAUCACACAGUAUUUUAUUGAGCACUAUCCAGAUGAAAGGCCACCGAAAACAGCUUUUGAGCUCUGGUCUGAGAGCAAGGAAAAAGAGAUGAAGAAAGAUCGUCCGGAUAUGUCUCAGAAGAAGUUAAAUAAGAAAGUAAAGAAAUAUUGGGAGAAACUAGAAGAGAGCAAAAAAGAAAAAUGGGAAAAGAAAGCAAAGCGUGAGGUAACAAGAUCUUACCCCUUUCAUCAAUCUCACUCCCAGAGGUCACAGUCAUUUUGGUUUGGAAGGUAAUUCCAGCAGCAUCAUGUACAGAAGACCACUGAGUUUCAUUAGUCACCAUAUCACCACAAGAUAAGCCAAGAACAGUGAAACUUUUAUCAAGCAGUCACCCCAUGGGACCUGCUCUUGAAUCUCAAGACUAAUAGUAGAGGUGUCCAUUGAAUUCAUGUUACUUAAUGUUAAAAAGGUUUAGAAUUCACUGACUGAAA